CUUAGGUUGAUAUGUUUAGGGGUGUGCAACGGUCCGGACAUGACCGAAUCAAACUUAUAAGAAUCGCGAUCCAUUAAUAAAAUACAUCUUACACCAAGGACCGAAACAUUAAUGCAUUCAAUCCAUAUUUCGUUAACCCAACCUUUGGCUGAGUUAGAUGGCUUCCACACCACAUGUUAAAUUCCGAUAUCUUUUUUUAGGCAUGAUUGCUUUGCAGCAGUGUGGCUGUUAGAGUAGUGUUAGUGUUAGGUCGCCUAUCCGCAACACAUAUUAGGACAUCUGUUAACCUUCCUCUCAGGCCAUCAGAAAGCGACUGAUUAAUUACUUGAUGUGCAAAUAAGAUAUGAAUUGUUGCUCCAGGUGCUCAGUCGUGGCCAUACCUAAAGCAGCCACAUGGAAGAUGGAAUAUCGUUCUGUUCCAAAACUAGCGCAUGUUAGUUUUUCUAAAUCCUUGUAAAACGGUUUCGUUAUUGGAAGAAUGGUGAGAGUUGCGAGUGAAGAUGGAAUCAGCAAACAUAAUACGGCGAGGAAAGCCACAAAGAUUUUCUUUUUCCACCGGGAAAGUUGACGAAUGACGAUCGCACUACUGACGAUCAAAGUCCAGUGGUGGCUUUUGAAGCAUUGAUUUAGCUAAGCCUACCUUAAUUACGGCACUAAUUAAUACAAAUCUCUUGGUCGCCAACUAAUAUUGCACGAUCCCCUCAUGCACCACGAGCUGAGCCACGUGGAUGCUCCACUCCUUCCUCAAAUCAAACCCUAACUAGCUACUACUCCGUUAUCAUUCUACAUUAAUCAUUCUCCACCCUCCAAACUUGAUUGAUUUGACAUUUCAUCAUGUAUGAUGAAAUCGUGGGUCGACAUAUAUGCAAUCGUUGAAUUGAUGCGAUGAUAUUUUGAAUAGUAACGUCAACAUUAUUAUGAUAAAUAAGGUAAAGAACAAUUUUACAACUACAUUAAUGUUUGUGGUUGAAUUUGUUUCUGGAACAUUUGAUUAAUUUGAUUGAUGUCGUUAUAAUGAUCGAUGUCGGUAUGUGUUAACUAGCUUUCAGCCUUUCACCCAUUCGAUUGUUGGAUUGGAGCAAUGAUAAAAUGUAUAACAACGUCAAUUUGUCUAACAUAAAAUAUAAUUAAACCAACAACGUCAAGAACAACCUGGGGCUGCGUGCAUUUGAUUACCAUGUUUGAACAAUCCGAGGUUUCUUUUUACCCCCCGACAAUUAGGGGUGAAGGACCGGUCGGUUCGGUUAUAACCGAAAACCAAAGUGUUUGUUACUGGUUAACCGAACCACCUCCCAACUCUACCGGCCACCCAUCGAAUGAGGGCUUAAUACUUCGAUUAUCUCGAUUUUUGAUUAACCGAACCGCCUCCCAAGACUAAAACCAUCUUGCCCAGCCUUCGAACACCGACCGACUUUCGCUUAUUUCGAUUUUCGAUUAGUGGAUAACCGAGCGAUUUCAGUUAUGAACCGUCGGUUAACCACUAACCGAUUGUCGGUCCUGCCCGCAAUAAUUACUAGACAUGACGUGGGUGUCGCCGGCUUUUUCUCUCGCAAACUUUGACCCCCCGGCAAUACGCACGGCGACAACCCACAAACAACAGUAAGUAAGUUAUAAUAAUAUGAUUAGAAUAACAAGUAAAAAACCAACACACGCACAAUAAGCAGCCUUACACGUCGACCUAGCUAGCUGCCUAUAAAUACCAGUAAUCCUCCCCGAACUGCUUCUCUCAGCCAUUAUUAGUGAUAAAGAAUUCAAUUAAUCUCUCUCUCUCUCUCUCUAGAAGAGAGCUAUGACAGUCAGGAAUAACAGGGAGUCUCCGGCGGAGAGGGAUCACGAUCGUGAGACCAGUUGUUAUUGGGAGGAGGAGGAUUUGGAGCGGCGGCUGAGGAGGAAAGGGUAUGUGCAUAGCCAGGUGAUGCGGAUUCGGGAGGAGGAUUCGCAUAUGGGCCAGGAUCUCCUCGACGACGUUUUGAAAGCCGGCGCCGGCGCCGGGGUUGAUCAUAAUAACUAUGGCUUGAUGAUCAAGAAUAUGGUGGCUGCGGCUUCGUCAUCGCCGGUGAUCAUGAAUGAUCGAGUAGUGGUGUUGUUGACGAGACCGCUGUUGCCUUCCUCCCCUCUUAGCCGUAAAACCACCGUCAAUUAAUCAUCAGCCCUUCCCCCCAUCACAGGUACAAAUUUGUUCAUUCUUUUUUCCUGUUCUGUAAUGUCUUUAAUUAGUUUUCUCUCUGUGAUUAAAAUGGAUCGUGAGGUUAAGAUUGUUUUCUUUCUCCGGGGCUGAAGAACAGAGAGAGAUCGAUUGGCCGACGGCUGGACUUAAUUGGGACGUGCCACGUGGGCAGGAUGGAUCGAGUUGGUGUUUAUGUUUUAAUUUCUUUUUACUGGUAAAUUUCAUGUAGUUAGGUGUCAAAUAUGGUAAUUUGUGAGGAAGACAAGGAGAGAUGAUACUCUGUAAAUUAGCGUGUGGAAGUCGUCCGUUCUUGUACAGAACUGAGAUGCUAUAAUCUCUUCACCAAAACCUGCGAUAAAAUCCCUUAACUUCAUUUCCCCCAGUCACCGUUUCCUCUAUUGUAUGGUGCGUGCAUACAAUACAAGGUUAUCCAUCUCAUAAUUAUUGUUUACUGUUUUCUUUUUGUUCUUUUUAUCAGGGACGGACUCAGGAAUUUAAAUAGGGGGGCCGAUAAAAAUUUUGAAGUAAAAGUUUAUUAUGUUAUUUAUCAAACUUAGGUGCCAAAUCAUAAGGAAUGCCAAAUUUAAGAGAAAAUGUGUACUAAAAUGAAAACAUUUGGUACCAAAUCGCACAUGCAUAACUUGGGAUUAAGAAGCAAAAUUUCAUGAAUUUAAACGAUUCAUGCAAAUUUUAGGUACCAAAUCGUUUAGGUACCAAAUCGUAAGACAAUGAGCAAAAAAUGUACCAAAAUGAAAAAUUAGGUACCAAAUCGUAAAGCAUGCAAAAUUUGACGUAAAGAAGCAAAAUUUUAUAAAAUUAAAAGCUGCGGCUAGCAACCGUCAAUCCUAGGACCUCCCCUUCAAAAUCAAAUGUUACUCACCACUAGACCACACCUUGUGUUAUGUAUUCUUGGUGCAAAGUCAAAGUUUAAUAUUUUAGGGCCUUACACGCUAACUCCGUCCCUGCUUUUUAUACAAUUCUUAGAAAAAAAUCAUCAUGUCUCGUGAAUACUCGACAAAUUCAUAAAAACUCAGAUUAAUAAUCACUAAAAAAUUCAAAAUAGUAUAUUAGAACAACCAAACUCGAGAUUACACCAGGUCAUCUCCAUUCCUUGACACUUGAGCCAGUCCAUGCCUAGCUUUCAGCUAAUUAGAUGGACAUAUGUUGUUGACUAGUCAAAGAACUAUGCUUUUUGGCUUGAAGAUUUACAUAGCCUGAAGGUCUAAGGAGGAGGAGGAACAAGCAAUUGGGUUCUGAUUCCCUUUUUGGUUGGUUUUAACUUUUAAGCUUUAACUAACUCGAACAAGUCGGGCCCUUAGAGCCGGCCUGAACCAGAUAUCUAUCGAUCCACAUCUGAGCCGUGAGCCCAUCCAAGACAAAAGUCCUCCCGAUGGCCCAUCUAAGCCCCCGAGGCCCAGACUUAAAACUGAACUGCUCAACUUAGGCGAGUUAGCGGGUGUCUCUCCUCUUGUGCCACUCACCUCCUGACUUUGCACAAACCUGUCCUCAUUUGUGAUUUUCAUUACUCAAAUGUCAUUUUUAGUCGUAAUAACUAACAAAACGAAAUUAUUAAA